AGAAGGGUAGAAAGUUACGAAAUUUUAUGACGAUUUUGACUUAGAAAGAUCGAGGACAUUGGAAUUUUUCGCAUAGAAGUCAAGACGUUAAAUCUGAUAGCAAGAUAGAGAAAUCUGUCUGGCAUUUCUUUCGCCGUUCUUUCCACUCUCUUUCUUAAGCUUGUGAGUUAUAUAAAGAAAGAUUUUACUGGUCAGUUAAUGAACCCGGUUGUGCGUGCACUCAAGGAACAUCCAACAACGGUAACGACAUCGAGGACGAAAACGACGAGGACGACGAUUGAGCUAGUAUUACGCAAAAGUCAAGAAUGAAGGACCAACGGCGAGACGGCGAGUGAAAGUGAAGCUGGGGGAAUGUACAUUUUACCUGGACCAGGUGUGAAAGUGCAGUGCGUAAUACAAACGUAAGAAAUACGUGGUAUAGUGGUACCUGUCGAAAUCGCUAUCGACAAGACAACGGCGGGGGACAGACAGUAGUGAUGAUAACGACGACGGUAAUGAUGACGCAGCUGUGUGUUCAAUGUGAGAACAAUGCCCAGUGCAGUGACAGUAGAUGAUGAUAAUAAUGAUGAUGAUGAUGAUAAUGAUGAUGAUGAUGAUGAUGACGAUAUUGAUGAUGAUCUCCUGCACACGCAAUAUUCAUUUUGGGUCAACGUGCUUACAAUUGCUAAUUAGAGCAUAUACAAUUAAUUAGUAAUUUCUAGUGGAUUAUCUAAGAUUUUUUUAUUCCACUUUCGACUCCAGUUCGAAUAUCGAGGACACCAAUCCUAAUAAAAGAGUGAUUAAAACAAAGAGCUUUCUUUUAUAUUAAUAAACAUUAUAAGAAACGGCUGAAAUAACGUGAUUGAUCUAAUAAGUGUCUUAUUAUUAGCUUAAUUACAUUAAGUGAAGUUAUUUUAUCGAUUAACAGUCUCGAAAGGAGAUUAUUUCUUCUACAACGUGAGUAAAUCGAAGAACGAAGAUGAAGUUUAUUGCAUCUUUGUUCGGGACGAGGUCCCCGAAGGCGAUGGGGAGGCAAUACAUGAAAGUUGGCAGAAACGCUCUUUUUGGUGUGAGAAAUGAUAACAGUGAUAAUAUUUGUACCGAAAAGGUGCCAAGGCCGUUGUCCUUGCUAAUCUCUAGGAAGGGAAAGCUCAGACAUGGCAGGAUAGCAGCAAUCUGUUUAGGUCUUCUUGCACUUGUGAUCGGUAUAGUGCUCAGUAGCAUACCGUGGGUCGAUUACAUCAUCUUGAAACAACUACGACUCUGGAAUGGCUCGAUCUCGUUUCAAUAUUGGCAGAAGCCGGGCGUAAUUCGAUUGACUAAAGUCUAUAUAUUUAACGUAACCAAUACGGAAGGUUUCCUGCAGUAUAAUGAGAAGCCGAAACUCCAGGAAAUAGGCCCGUUCGUUUAUCGAGAGGAUAUGGAAAAAGUUAACAUCGUGUUUCAUAAUAAUGGAACCGUUAGUUAUCAACAUAAGAAAAUUUUAAAUUUUGUCCCUGAAUUGUCUAAAGAUGGAGAUACUAAAGUAAUAGUGCCAAAUAUACCUUUGCUGACACUUUCAACACAAAGCAAGAGUCUCCCUCGUUUAAUUACAAUGGGAUUGUCAAUUUUCUUGAGUGGAUUGCAUAUGAAACCGUUCAUUCCUAUAACUGCGCAGGAAUUAGUCUUCGGGUACGACGAUCCGUUAGUUAGUCUAGGUCACAAAUUUCUUCCCAAAACAAGACGGCCCAUGAGUAGAAUGGGACUUCUUCUUGGAAGAAACGGUACAUUAAGCGAGAUAUCUACGAUAUUCACUGGACACACAAACAUGAAAGAGUUUGGUUUAAUAAAUCGAUUAAACGGGCUCGAUCAUUUGCCAUACUGGCCGAACGCACCAUGCAAUUCCAUUACGGCUUCGGAAGGAUCUUUCUUUCCGCCGCGAGACCAGACUGGUGCGGAUAUCAUUCAUGUCUGGGACAAGGAUCUUUGUAGGACACUUCCAUUGCAGUAUCGAGGUCCGAUAAAAAAGACUGGUAUUAAGGCAGAUUUAUAUACUCCUACGGAUAUACUUUUUACUCGAAAUGAAAUAACUAAAGAAGAUAACUGCUUCUGUUCGGAUGGCAUUGACAGUUGCCCUCCGCAAGGCUUGCAAGAUAUUAGUCCAUGCCAAUAUAGUGCACCAGUAUAUCUCUCGUUCCCACAUUUUUAUAAGGCGGAUCCUAAAUUGUUAGAUGCUAUUGAUGGACUUAAGCCGAUCGAAAACUUGCAUAAAACUUAUUUCAAAAUCCAACCAAAACUAGGGAUACCGAUCGAAGCAAAGGUUCGCGUUCAAAUGAAUCUAAAGGUAGAACAACAGUCCAAUAUCGGGGUUGUCGCGAAUUUCCCUGAUAUAAUAUUCCCAAUUAUGUGGAUCGAGGAAGGUAUAGAAGAGCUUACGCCAUCCAUUAGGAGAUAUAUUUAUCUGGCGACCACGUUUGCCGACAUCGCUGUGCCCUGCUUGUCGUAUGGCAUGGUUCUAGUCGGACUUAUAGUCAUCAUUACGGUAUUCCUAAAGGCGUAUAAUAGCCCGGUAUUGGCGCACGAGGCGAUUGAACUUGGUAAGAGGACCAUUAGAAGAGGAUCGUCUUUCCUAACAAAUAGUCAACAUCGAUUGAUGGUUGGUCGGGACUCUUAUAUCUUAUUAAGCAAUAAUGAUAUCGACGAAAAACAGAGUAUGGAGAUAUGAUGGACAUUACUGUGCGUGAAUUUUAGUAGAAGUGCUGAUGGUAAACGUGUUUACAAAAUGAACAAUAAUUAAUGACGUCUAGUUUUGAUUUCUUAUAAAGUAAAUCAAUAUUGAUACUAAUAAGACAUUUAUUAAUAUUAGAAAAUAAAAUCAGUAUUCAUUAAUUUGAGAAACAGAACAAAUUUAUUCAGACGGAUUAACACUAGAAAGGCCGAACAAAGAAGUCAAAUUGACUUCAACAGUCUUUCUAAGUAGACAAAUAAAAAUAAAAAUUUAACCAUUUUAUACAAAUUGAAAAUUUUUUUAUUAAAAUUAAGAACAUGAAAAAUGAUGAAAAAUCACAAAAGGAUAUCACGUGGAAGCAAAAUUGAAAAAAGUUAUAUUAGUUUGAAAGUUCUCUUUUCGCGAGAAGUGAAAAAGUCAAAUUAGCUACCUCGGUCUUUCUAGUGUUAAGCAUUUUGCCGCCCCCAGAUGGCUUCAUUAAUUUAUAAAUUCGAUAAAAGGAAAAAUAAAUAAAAAAUGAUUUAUAU